AUGGCGUCCCCGUCGCAAUUCCGCUUUCUGACCGCCUCGGUCGCCGCCCGGCUCCACGCGCGACACAUCGCCAAGGCCACCUCCACGCAGCCGAACCUCCUCGAGUCGGCCAUCUUCUCGCCCGUCAACCACGAGCGCUACGGCCAGACCGACGUGUUCCAGCUCGCCGCCGUCCUGGCCGAGAAGAUCAUCCUCAACCACCCGUACCAGGACGGCAACAAGCGCACGGCCCUGUUCGCCGCGGACGCCUUCCUCAAGGUCAACGGGUACAUUCUGCAGACGAGGCCGCGCGGCGUAGACGACGCGGAGCUCAAUGACCGCCUGGCGGAUGCGCAGGUGCACGUCGCCACGAAACGGUGGACUGCGGAGGACUUGGGGGGGUUUUACGAGAGCAUUGCCGAGUCAGUCGCUGCAGCAGGACAUUCAAAUCAGCCAUGA